GGACUACGUGACUGUGAAUAUCUUUGGGACUCAUCGCUUCCAUACAGCCGCUUUUCGUGAUUGUCACCAUUAUGUGGGAUUGAACAGGACGUACACGAAAUGAUUUAUCUGUAGACGCUAUGGAAACAACUGAGACAGUGAGCCAAGCGCCCAACAAUCAUGUCGAGGCAGCUAGAGAAACGUUUUCAUACAUGCAUUAUAUUUUCUGCUGUUUUCUGUUUCUUCCAAUUUACCCGAUCAGCGAUGAAUACUGUUUAGAAAAAUCCGCAUUUUUCUCCUAAUUCUGAUGUUUCGGAGGAUUGCCAGUAUCUAUCGUAACAACAUUUUCAGCUCGUCAGUCCGCUUUGGGUAAGGUAGCCGCGAUUAGAAUAAUUCUGCUAGGUCGGGCGAUGUUGGUCACCUUGUUCUGCCUGGAAAACAGACACCUUCAGUGGAAGCGGAUAUAGUCAACUACGGAUCUGCUGGAGUUUACUUUAUAGCCUAUAAUCAGCAUGGCUUCAUUCUGAACUCAGGAACACGAAUCAUUGGACCAUGUGCAGCAUUUCCCAGGAACGCCAUGUGCUGGAAUGUAUGUAUUCGAGAUUGUUCUGACGUCCAAUAGUUGUCUUCAAGAGCCAAAGCUAGGUUUGUAACUGUUCCACUUAUUGUUGCUUACUACAAGAGUUUUUGGUGAUUGGCAAGGGAGAAACCAGUGUUCAAGUUGACUACCCACGGAUAUUAUCUAUGUGCAAUAAACGCAAUCUUGGUGUGGAAGUGCUUCCUACGCAAGCUGCCGUUGGAACUUUCAACUUCCUCAAUUCUGAGGGUCGAUACGUCGCAGCCGCUUUGAUACCACCACGUCGAUUGGACAUCUACGACCCUGCAGACAAACAAGCUAGCCGUUUGUUGGUUGCAGAAGAGGAGCGGACGACCCAAGAUUUACUUGAAGCUGAACAAAAAGCCCAAGAGUUGAAACUUUUAAUCGAUAGUUCUACCAAACCAAUUGAGGUAGACAAAGAUCGGGUCGUCCUCAGUCGGGAAACAAAUUACCCCACUGUGAUUGUUUUGGAGAUUGUUCUGGAGAUAGUCACUAUGAGUAAAUUCGUCACUCUCGUCCAUGAACUUCUUGAUUAUCCAGAACUACCGAAAAUAGAAGAUGUCAACAAAGCCAAUCUUCUCCAUGAACGAGUGAAAAAUCUUGUUCUUCAAGUGAACAGUGCAGAAAUAGAUCGAGACAACCGAUUAGACCGUGAAACCCUUGCUACCUUCGCUAAACACGGUCUGUUCGGCUUGCAAAUCGGUGAGAACUAUGGCGGGAGGAAUUUGUCCUAUACAUAUGCAGCGCGAGUUUGGGAGGCUCUUGGACUGGACGGUGCUGUGUUCGCCGUUUUAGAUGCCCACAAUAACUUGGCAGCUAGGUCCAUUGCCCUUGGUGGGAACGAGGAUCAAAAGCUCACUUUCCUUCCUCCGUUAGCCACUGGAGAGUGUAUGGCCGCAUUUUGCCUCAGCGAAUUGUGCAGUGCAAUUAAAACGCGCGCCAUUCGCUCAUCGGAUGGACAGACCUACACGAUCAGUGGUAGUAAAAACUGGAUAACCAACGGAGCGCUUGCCAAUCUGCUGGUUACUUUUGCUCGUGUGGAGCCACGCGCUGAUGAGUUGGCCCAACAAGUAAUCGACGAACAACGUUUGAACAUCGCAGCUGCAUGUACUGGCCUUCUUCGUUACAUCAUCUCCUAUGCUACCGAGCACUGCCUACAACGACAUCAGUUCGGCCGUCCUUUAGGAGACUUUGGCCUCGUGCAAGCCAAAUUGUCGAACCUUGCCCUAAAUGUUUAUGCGAUGGAGUCGGCACUGUUCUAUUUGACAGGUUUGCUGGACGCACAGCCACAGCGUGAUUUGACUUUGGAGAAGGCUGCACUCAAGGGCACAAGCGAGUUGCUCCGCUUGCUAAUAGCAGGGUCUGCUCUCCAGACUGUGGGGCCCGAGAGGCAGGAAGAAAUGGAAAAACUACGGUUCUUCACGCGGCAUCCGAUUACCACUAUCAAGGCCGAUUUUCGAAUUCGUGCUCGUCGACGUGGAUGGUUUGCUCACAAAGUCGGUGCAGGUCCCAAGGUUACCGAAGGUGGCGCUUCACGGGCAUUGAAGGAUCAUUUGCAUCCUAACUUUGCGUUGACAGCAACCCGUCUUGCUGUCCUAUGCCAGCGAUUUCAAAGCCUUGUUGAAACUUCUCUAAUUUAUCGCAGGGCGGUGCGAUUGGCCACCACCUUUGCCAAGAUAGCCUUCCAGCGCAUUGAGGCCAACCUGAACGAUUUACCGGGUUUGGAAAGAGAUCAUCAUCGGAUAGCCAGCGAGAUACUAGCCCGCCGAGCUUACCCAGUUGCUCAUCCACUAACGCGGGUUUGGUGAUCCUCAUCGUCUACAACUGCUGUUGAGUUCUUUAACUCGCUAGUCACUCUGUAAUCAUAACACUGUUCAGAUAGUUAAAAACGACUUCUC